AGAAUAAUGAAGAUAAAAUGGAAUGGAUUUCUUUUUAUAAUAUUUUUAGUUUCUUUUCUGAUGAUUUAUCAGUUUUCAAGUGAGUCAGAACUAUUUACAAGUUCUGGCAACAGCACAAUAUCCUGGACUACCACUGUACAACAAGAAGAAGAAGAAACCUUUAAAUAUAUUCUGCUUUGGACACCAUGGUGGAAUGAUAAAGAAGACCCAAAUAGAACCUGGAACCUUGGGGAAGGUUCAAGUCAGUUUUAUAGGUACCAUUGUAUAGGUGGAAUGAUAAAGAAGACCCAAAUAGAACCUGGAACCUUGGGGAAGGUUCAAGUCCGUUUAAGCAAUGUCAAUAUACAAAUUGUUUUAUAACAGGGAAAAGGAAUCUGAUGGCUGUAGAAGACUAUGAUGCCAUAAUAUUCCACUCCUGGCAAAUGUUCUACAAUAAGUUUGAUAUUCCAUCUCGUCGAACAAUUAAACAAAGAUAUAUGCUAUUCAGUAUUGAACCUUUACAACACUGUGCAUAUCUUACAAGUUGGGAGUAUAAAACUUUAAAAGGGUUUUUUAAUACCACAAUAACUUUCAGAAGAGAUUCUGACAUCUAUGUGCCAUAUGGUCAAGUUAUUCCAAAACUAGAGGACGACAUCAGUGCUUCAGUAGUAGACAUCAAACUUAAAGAAAGACCGGUUCUGUUUGUGACGUCACACUGCAGAACAGACAGCAGGAGGGAGGAUAUAGCGAAGGAGUUGAACUCCUCAAUACAGAUAGAUUUCAGGGGAACAUGUGCCAAGCUUUGGGAGCCUUCCAAACUCCAGCCUAUGAUUGCCGGGAGAGCUGGAACCGGUUUUAAUGUUGACAAAUAUUUCUUUUAUCUGGCAUUUGAGAAUACACUCUGUCAAGAUUAUGUCACAGAAAAGUUUUUUGAUGCUCUGAAAUCCAAUGUGGUUCCUGUAGUAUAUGGUGGAUCAAACUAUUCCCUGAAUGCCCCACCUCACUCUUAUAUAAACACAAUGGACUUCGAGAGUUCAAUACAUCUGGCAAAUUAUUUGAGAUAUUUAAUGAAAAACCCUGAGAAAUAUCAAGAAUACUUUGCUUGGAAAAGGAAAUAUAGAAUAGUAGACAGUGACACCAACACUGAUAGAAACCGGGAUAGGAUCCCUCCAUCAUUUCCUUGCAGGCUUUGUGAAUAUCUGAAUAUUAAUAAUAGUACAAAGAUUUAUGAAGACUUGGAGGACUGGUGGAAAAAGAAAGCCGGCUGUAGUGGCUGGAUCAAAGCACAUUACUGCAACAGACUUAAUGAGCAUUUAUUUUCUGGCCGAAAUGUGUUUAAAAAGCUGAUGAAAAAACACAAAGUGAACAACAUUCUAGAUUUGCAAGUUUUUAAAUAAUAACAAUAAUGUUGAUAAUAAUAAUAAUCACUGUUUAAAACCAUGAAGAUUGAUUUACUAAACGUUAAAUUGAUUUUUGAUUCCAUGAACGUAUUAAGUCUAGAUUAAAGAUUCAAGAUUUUGUUUUGAUCAGUUAGAUUUAUCAUUUUUAUAAAAAAAGAUUUACAUUUUUUA